AUGUGUGCCGCCCAGAUGCCGCCCCUGGCUCACAUCUUCCGAGGGACGUUCGUCCACUCCACCUGGACCUGCCCCAUGGAGGUGCUGCGGGAUCACCUCCUCGGCGUGAGCGACAGCGGCAAAAUAGUGUUUUUAGAAGAAGCAUCUCAACAAGAAAAACUGGCCCAAGAAUGGUGCUUCAAGCCAUGUGAAAUAAGAGAACUGAGCCACCAUGAGUUCUUCAUGCCUGGGCUGGUUGAUACACACAUCCAUGCCUCUCAGUAUUCCUUUUCUGGAAGUAACGUAGACCUGCCACUCCUGGAGUGGCUGACCAAGUACACAUUUCCUGCAGAACACAGAUUCCAGAACAUUGACUUUGCGGAAGAAGUAUACACCAGAGUGGUCAGGAGAACACUAAAGAAUGGAACAACCACAGCUUGUUACUUUGGAACACUUCACACUGACUCAUCUCUGCUCCUUGCUGAAAUUACAGAUAAAUUUGGACAGCGGGCAUUUGUGGGCAAAGUUUGCAUGGAUUUGAAUGACACUUUUCCAGAAUACAAGGAGACCACUGAGGAAUCGAUCAAGGAAACCGAGAGAUUUGUGUCAGAAAUGCUUCAAAAGAACUAUUCUAGAGUGAAGCCCAUAGUGACACCACGUUUUUCCCUCUCCUGCUCUGAGACUUUGAUGGGUGAACUCGGCAGCCUUGCUAAAACCCGUGAUUUGCACAUUCAGAGCCAUAUAAGUGAAACUCGUGAUGAAGUUGAAGCUGUGAAAAACUUACACCCCAAUUAUAAAAACUACACAGAUGUGUAUGAUAAAAACAAUCUUUUGACAACUAAGACAGUGAUGGCACACGGCUGCUACCUCUCUGCAGAAGAACUGAAUGUAUUCCAUGAACGAGGAGCGUCCAUCGCACACUGUCCCAAUUCUAAUUUAUCGCUCAGCAGUGGCUUUCUAAAUGUGCUAGAAGUCCUGAAGCAUGAAGUCAAGAUAGGGCUGGGUACAGACGUGGCUGGUGGCUAUUCAUAUUCCAUGCUUGAUGCAAUCAGAAGAGCAGUGAUGGUUUCCAAUAUCCUUUUAAUUAAUAAGGUAAAUGAGAAAAGCCUCACACUCAAAGAAGUCUUCAGACUAGCUACUCUUGGAGGAAGCCAAGCCCUGGGGCUGGAUGGUGAAAUUGGAAACUUUGAAGUGGGCAAGGAAUUUGAUGCCCUCCUGAUCAACCCCAAAGCAUCCGACUCUCCCAUUGAUCUGUUUUAUGGGGAUUUUUUGGGUGAUAUUUCUGAGGCUGUUAUCCAGAAGUUCCUCUAUCUAGGAAAUAAACAAUUAACUUAACAGCCUCCUCACCCCACCCUCCACCAUUUCCUUCAUGUUCCAUGGUGUUUUCAACAGAAUACUCUUUGAAAGGUAAAAACCAUUCAAAAGUAUCGAUUAUCAUAAAUUCACAAAAUAUUUUUGCAACCAAAACACAAAAGCAGGCUGAUCAGCUAAGGUAAAUUUCAUUUUCAAAUGAGAGGGAAACCUGGGAAGUAAAAGAUUAGGAUGUGAAAGGUUGUCCUGAACAGACCAAGGAGACUGUUCCCUAAUUUAUUCUCUUGGCUGGUUCUCUCGCUGAAUUAUCAGACCCCAAGAGGAGAUCUUGGAACAAGCUCCCUUCAUGCCAGGGGUCUUUCUGAGUUAAUGCUGUGAGCAUUGAGCCCCCAUUAAGACUCUUUUUUACUUCAGAAAGAAUUCUACAGGUUAAAGGGAAAGAAAUGGUGGGAAACUCUCCCCAUAAUGCUUAGCCAACUUUAAAGUGUACCCUCCAAUAUCCCCACUGGCAACUGCAGCUGAGAUCUUACAGAGGAAAUGUAACGGGUGUGAGAUCUAGCAAUGCAUUUUGAAUCCUCACUCCCUACCAGCCUCUUCCUAUUUUUAAUCUUUUCACCUCAGAACCAGACAUAUGGAGAGCUUUAAAGGCAAGCUGGAAGGCACAUUGUAUCAAUUCUACCUUGUGCUGUGCGUGGGAGAGAUCCAAAAUUUAGAUGCUUCUGGAGACUCUUGGACAUCUUUUCAUUGUUGUCCAUUUUUAAAAUUGAUGGUGAUGGUUGGAAACAUUCACAUGCUUAAAAGCAAUGGUGUGAGUUAUUAACAGGUAAAUGAAAAAGUAAUGACUUGAAAUGGUUUUUAAAUUGUUUGGAUUGUGAAGCAUUUUUGAAGUGCUUUUUUUUUUUUUUUUUUUUUUUUUUGUACGGCUUCAAGGAGAUGUUAGCAAUUUCAGAUCUACUAGCCAGUUUAGGUAUGACUUUGGAAGUGCAGAAAUAGAAGGACACUGUUAGAAAAUCCUGACAUUGGUUCCCCAUGCAUGUGUUCACACCUGGUUUCACCUGACCUUCCUUCCCACAGCGCUGAGUGUGAGAGAUUGAGAGUUGAGGGGUUGCUUUGUGGAUCUUGUCUGAAUUUAGUGAAAUGUGGAAGUCAACCAGGCCAAUGGUGGAAUUAAAUGUAAAUUCCAAGAGGACUUUCGCAGUCCAUGGGGUUCAAAUGACUUGGGUAACAGAAGUUACUCUUUUUUUGUGUGUGUGAGCAACA